AUGGCCGAUCGGGCGGAGAUGUUCGCGCUCUCCACCUUCCACUCGCUCUCCCCGCCCGGCUGCAGGGCCCCGCAAGACAUCAGUCUAGAGGAGUUUGACGAUGAAGAUUUGUCCGAAAUCACUGAUGACUGUGGCAUCGGCCUCAACUACGACUCCGACCAUUACGAGAAGGACUGCCUGGUGCUGGAGCGAUGCGAACAGCCUCAAACCAUCUGCUCCUUCCAGGAUGACUUCCAGGAGUUUGAGAUGAUCGAUGACAAUGAGGAAGAAGAGGAGGAAGAGGAAGAGACUGGGCUGGAGGAGGGCCCUCCCUCCCCAUCGGUCUCUCCCAUACCUUCGCCCACCCCGGGGGAGACCCAGAAGCACCGGCCCACGACUCUCCACCUGACGGCCACAGGCACCCAGGACUCCUUGAACAACAACAGCAGCAGCUGCAACCCGCCUGCGCCCGCCCAGCAGAGAGCCACCUGGCAGGAGACGCUGCGCCUGGCCUCCCCCCCUCUCUCCUCCUCUGCAGCCCAUGCUGAACGUUCCUCUCCCUCACACCCGUGUCUCCAGGAUGGGCCCUGCUUGGACGCUCAGAGCAGCAAAAGCCCAGGUCCUGCACAGCCUCCUUGCAAGCCUGGUCUUCACGAUGCAGAAGAGAACAGCCGCAACUUGCAGCUCGCCCCACCCGCAGCUCGCCCUGGAGAAGACUACAACAAGAAUAUUGUCUCCUCCUCUGUGUUGUCCCGUACCCAGCCUCCUCCUUCGGCUCCUCCUCGCCAAGCACCUACCGAGCCCCAUGAUGCAGCCAGAGGCCCAGAGGCCCACCCCCCAAGCCUCAGCCCCCACCGGUCUCCUGCCACAGACAGCUACUGUGCCCGAUUCCAGAGAGAUGUGGCGAGCUGCAGGGAGAAGGAGAUGAAAGUUGGUGCCCCCCAUUCCCUGAUUGGUCAGGACAGCCCUUUGCCAGCUGAGGAGGAGCCAGCAAAGGGCUGCAGAGAUGCCGAGCCUGGAGCGGGCCGUGUGUCGAGUGCUCACGCCAGCCCCACCAGGGAGACCACAGAGCCACUCGGUUCUGAAGGUGAGGGUGCUCAGGGAAGCCGGGCCUCAAGCGUGCGAGGGCCGCCCUCUGCCUCAUCAGAUACCACCUCCCCUUCCUCAGACCCUGGCAUAGAGGCCGACCUCACCAGCCGCAACUCCAAGGCCUUCUUGCCUUGCAGCCGGCAUAGCGAGGACCUCAGCUCACCCGGCUCUGACUCGGAUGUGGAGGGAGAAAUCGAGGCCGCUUUUGCCUGCAGCGGGAACCGCCUGGUCAGCAACAUGAUCUCCAGCAUCUCAGAGACCGAGCUGGACCUGAGCAGCGACAGCAGCAGUGGCCGCUCUUCCCACCUCACCAACUCCAUCGAGGAAGCCAGUUCUCCAGGGUCGGAGGCAGACCUGGAAGCAGACCUGGAGGCCCCGGGAGUGCUCGGCCUCAAGGAUGCCCUGAUUCUCGGCACCACGGACAAAGACAAGACAACUGUGGAGCUGCCGCCGGGGGAGAGCUUGGCACCGCUCAAAAUCGAAGAAUUCUACGAUGAUCCGUCAGCUCCCAUUGACCAGACGGAUGUGCCUCUCUCGGGUCCUCUGGAACUGGAGAUCAGCCCCGAUCACAGCCUGGAGAGCCUGCGACGCUCCUUCUACUUGCCGGUGGGCCCCAAGCUCAUGCCUGAGGGAGACGACGAGGACGAUGAGGACGAAGGGAACAGCGAGUAUGAUUCAGACUCCGACUCGGAGUCGGAGCCUGAUCUGAGCGAGGACUCGGACUCCCCCUGGCUCCUCAGCAAUCUGGUGAACAAGAUGAUCUCCGAGGGCUCCUACCCCAUCAAGUGCGCGGAGGAGUGCUUUCCUGCGGCUCACUCUCUCUCGGACACCAUCUCGCCCGCCUCUGACCUGGAGCCAGAGAUCCCCAGCGAGGCCCUGAGCGAGGACCAGCUCUGUCCGCAGCAGAGUAUCGAGCUGGUCGACAUGGAGACCCUUCGGUGCUCCCUGCAGAGCGCGGCUGAAGAGAAGACCGCCGAGGCCAGGCCUGCUGCUGCGCUGGAACCUCCGCCGAGCGACACGGGGCCCUACCUCUUGAUGAGCAACCCAACCGAGGACACCAUCACCCCCGUCUUCCCUGGGCGGCUGCUCUCCAGCUGCUGCAAAGCCUUGCCCUCCAGAGAGGCCCCCCGUAAGGCCGAGCUGACUGCUGUGCCGAAGGACUGGGCGAUCGAGGGGGACCUUGACUCGGGCAUCCUGGAGGACAAGGACAUGAUUGACGACAUCCGGUUAGAACACCCCGACGUCUUGGACGUCUCCACUGCCAAGACCAACCGCUGCUUCCGCUUGGCGUAUUCCCCGGAGGAGGACGAGGUCCCCCACCUGGGCAGCCGCCAGGGCUCCCCGUCGGCCGAGGAGUUGCCGCUGCCCCCGCCCGCCGUGGCGCUGGAUGAGUCCUUGGCCUACGACUCCAUCAAGUACACCCUGGUGGUGGAUGAGAACACGCAGCUGGAGCUGGUGAGCCUCAAGCGCUGCACCUCCCUGCUGAGCGACGACAGCGAGGAGCUGCGGGCCUGCGAGGGGGCCGACCUGGAAGACGGGGCCAGCGACUUCGAGGAUGGGCUGGUGGCCCCUGAUGGGCGCAGCUGCUCCUCCUCGGAGGACUCCUCGCCAGAGGCAGACCUCCACUUCUCCAAGAAGUUCCUCAACGUUUUCGUCAACAGCACGUCCCGCUCCUCCAGUACGGAAUCCUUCGGUCUGUUUUCUUGCAUGGUGAAUGGGGAGGAGAGGGAACAGACCCACCGAGCUGUCUUCAGAUUCAUCCCUCGCCACGAAGAUGAACUAGAACUCGACGUGGACGACCCGAUCCUCGUGGAGCUGGAGGAGGACGACUACUGGUAUCGGGGCUACAACAUGCGCACGGGGGAGCGGGGCAUCUUCCCAGCCUUCUAUGCCCACGAAGUGGUGAGCCAGGCCAAGGAGGUGGCAGGCUUGAAGCGGAAUCCGUGCUGGGUGGAGCGUUUCAACGUGCAGUUUCUGGGCUCCGUGGAGGUCCCCUACCACCAAGGGAACAGCAUCCUGUGUGCGGCCAUGCAGAAGAUCGCCACCACCCGCAAGCUGACGGUGCACCUGAGGCCCCCGGCCACCUGCGACUUGGAAAUCAGCCUGCAGGGCAUCAAGCUCAUCCUGAGUGUGAACGAGUACAGCCGUGAGGAGGAGUUUGAGCGCUGCAGCCAUUUCUUCCAGAUGAAGAACAUCUCCUUCUGUGGAUGCCACCCCCGCAACAGCUGCUAUUUCGGAUUCAUCACCAAACACCCCAUCUUGAGUCGCUUCGCCUGCCACGUCUUUGUUUCCCAGGAGUCCAUGCGGCCUGUUGCAGAGUGUGUUGGGUGAGUGAGGGGCCGUGG